CAAGCAGAUGCUCCUACCAAUAAAACGCUGGCUGGGCUGGUGGUGCAGCUGCUGCAAUUCCAGGAAGAUGCCUUUGGAAAACAUGUCACCAAUCCUGCCUUCACAAAGCUUCCUGCAAAGUGCUUCAUGGAUUUCAAAGCUGGAGGUACAUUAUGUCACAUUCUUGGUGCUGCUUACAAAUACAAGAACGAACAGGGCUGGCGGAGGUUUGACCUGCAGAAUCCAUCCCGCAUGGAUCGAAACGUGGAGAUGUUCAUGAACAUUGAGAAAACACUAGUGCAGAACAAUUGUCUGAGCAGACCGACCAUCUACCUCAUUCCGGAUAUAGAAUUGAAGUUGGCGAAUAAAUUGAAGGACAUUGUCAAACGUCACCAGGGAACAGUAACCGAAGAGAAAUCAAAGGCUACCCACCAUGUUUAUCCAAGUCCUACCUCAAUGGAUGAUGAUGAAUGGCUGAGACCUGUGAUGAAAAAAGACAAGCAGGUGCUGGUGCACUGGGGCUUUUUUCCAGACAGCUAUGACACUUGGGUUCAUGCCAAUGAAAUAGAUGCUGAAAUUGAAGAUCCUCCAAUUCCUGAAAAGCCAUGGAAGGUUCACGCCAAGUGGAUUUUGGACACGGAUGUAUUCAACGAAUGGAUGAAUGAAGAGGAUUAUGAGGUAGAUGAGAACAGGAAAUCAGUGAGUUUUCGGCAGAGGAUCUCCAUGAAAAAUGAAGAGCCUGUACGUAGUCCAGAGAGGAGAGACAGGAAAGCAGCAGCCAGUACAAGGAAGAGAAAGCAUUCUCCUUCUCCACCCCCUACUCCUGUGGAGUCAAGAAAAAAAACAGGAAAGAAAGGACAAGCAGCCUUAUAUGGGAAAAGGAGAGGGCAGAAAGAAGAAGAUGAGCAAGAAGAUCUUACGAAGGACAUGGAGGAUCCGACACCAGUACCUAAUAUAGAAGAAGUGGUACUUCCCAAAAAUGUGAACCCAAAGAAAGACAGUGAAAACACGCCUGUGAAAGGAGGAACGGUAGCAGACCUCGAUGAACAGGAUGAGGAGACAGUGGCAACUGGAGGAAAGGAAGAUGAAGAUCCUAACAAGGGGGAUCAAAGUCGGUCAAUUGAUCCAGGCGAAGAUAACGUCACAGAACAAACCAACCACAUCAUUAUUCCAAGCUAUGCAUCUUGGUUUGACUACAACUGCAUUCACGUGAUUGAACGUCGUGCUCUUCCAGAAUUCUUCAACGGAAAAAACAAGUCCAAGACUCCAGAAAUAUACCUGGCUUACCGCAACUUCAUGAUUGACACCUAUCGCUUAAACCCUCAAGAGUACCUGACCAGCACCGCCUGCAGAAGGAACCUGACUGGAGACGUGUGCGCUGUCAUGAGAGUACAUGCUUUUCUGGAGCAGUGGGGUCUCAUUAACUACCAGGUGGAUCCAGAAAGCCGUCCCAUGGCCAUGGGCCCUCCCCCGACUCCUCACUUCAACGUGCUGGCCGAUACGCCCUCGGGACUUAUGCCGCUCCAUAUCCGCACUCCGCAGGUUCCGGCUGCUCAGCAGAUGCUGAGUUUUCCUGAGAAAAACAAAGAGAAGCCUACUGAUCUGCAGAACUUUGGACUCCGCACAGACAUUUACUCAAAAAAGACUUUAGCCUAGAGUAAAGGUGCAAGUGCUGGAAGAGAAUGGACGGAACAAGAGACAUUGCUGCUAUUAGAAGCUCUGGAGAUGUACAAAGAUGACUGGAACAAAGUCUCGGAGCACGUCGGGAGCCGGACCCAGGACGAGUGCAUUCUGCAUUUUCUGAGGCUCCCGAUCGAAGACCCCUAUUUGGAGAACUCGGACGCGUCCCUGGGCCCGCUGGCUUACCAGCCCGUGCCGUUCAGCCAGUCCGGCAACCCGGUGAUGAGCACCGUUGCUUUUCUGGCGUCGGUGGUGGACCCCCGGGUGGCAUCAGCCGCGGCGAAGGCUGCGUUAGAGGAGUUUUCUCGAGUCAGAGAGGAGGUACCGCUGGAGCUUGUGGAGGCUCAUGUAAAGAAAGUCCAGGAAGCAGCAAGAGCCUCUGGGAAGGUGGAUCCGACGUACGGCCUGGAGAGCAGCUGCAUUGCCGGAACAGGUCCAGACGAGCCGGAGAAGAUCGCUGAAUCUGGUACAGGCUGUUAUAUCACGCCUUUUGGUAAUCAGUUUCCGG